AUGGAUGCUGGUGCAAGAGUUGACGUGGCUUACCUUGAUGUCUCUAAGGCAUUCGACCGUUUGGACCAUCGUAUGCUUUUGACCAAACGUCAAGGAUGUGGCAUUGAGGACCCUCCUCGGGAGGAACUGCAGUUUUCUCCUUUGCACAGUCGUCUGAAGAUGAGAGUACGUGAAUCCGUGUCAAACCCAACUCACCUCGGUACUGAGCCUCGUCUAUUCUUGGUCUUCAUAAACGAUCUAGUGAGUCCAAUUGCAUCAAACUGUUUACUCUACACCGAUGACAUCAAACUUUGGCGAGUGAUCAUGUCCGGUAGAAAGUGA